CACUGCUGGCUCAUGUCCAGCUUCUCGGCUACCAGGACCCUCAAGUCCUUCUCCACAGGGCUGCUCUCAAGGGGUUCUUUGCCCAGUCCGUAUAAACACCUGGGAUUACCCUGGCCCAAGAGCAACACCCUGCACUUGUCCUUGUUGAACCUCAGUAGAUUCACACGGGCCCACUUCUCCAGCCUGUCCAGGUCCCUCUGGAUGGCUUCCCUUCCCUCCAACGUAUCGACUGCACCGCUCAGCUUGCUGUCACCCACAAAUUUGCUGAGGGUGCACUCGAUGCCAUCGAGUUUAUUUAUUAUGCGCCGUUUAUUUAAAAAAAAAUGUAUUAAAGAGUGAAUUACUAUAGUAACUGUAUUUUUAUUUAAGAGACUGUUGGCUAUCUUGCUCCACUGUGCAGAUACAGAAGCAGUGCCAAACAGUGAUACAGCUGUUGCAGUAAAAUGAAAGGUCACUCUGCAGGUGAUCUCCAGACAUACCUUCAAAACUGAGCCACUCUGUAUAUCCGAUGAAUAUAUUCUUAGUUUAUAAUAAUGCCUUUCUUGUGGCAAUAUUAAUGCUUGGUAGGAAACUAACCACAUACACCGUCAAACCUUACACAGCCAAACUCUUUCAGUCAGUUUCCUAUCACUCAUCUCUGUAUCAAUGCUGUAUCCUUCUGUUUGUUAUUUUCAUUUGUUUACUAGCAGACAAAAUGUGUUUGAUUGUUAUGAAUUACUGAAUUUAAAAUGAGAUGAAAAGAGUGUCCAAUGUGAAUAAAAUAGAAAAAAUAGCAUAGCUCCAUAAAUAUCGAAGAUCUAAAAAUAGAAAUAAAAAAUUUUAUCUCGGUAAGAAAUCAAUAAAAAGAAAAUAAAAAAAAAAUAUGAUAGCACCAGACGAUGUAAAGCAAUUCAAGGAAAUUCUAAGAUCGUUACAUCACAGAGUAAUAGAAUAUUGUUGCCGGCAGGUCGAAGGAGGCAAACCUUCCUGCCCGCUCCAUGGCCAGCAGCAGGCACCUCACUGCACUGCCUGCAACAGCCGCCAUCUUGCUUGGGUGCCGAGGGCCCACGCCCUCACCCCUCUGUGUGGUAGUGACUACCUCACAGAGCGUGUCGCAAAGCGGCCAUUGUGACAUAAGCAGCCAGGAGCAGGUUAGGCCAGGCCAAGCUCAGACCGUGGGUCAGUGCGACCUGGUGAGGUGAGGAGAGAGGGCAGGGAGCCAGGGGCUGCCUGGGGCUGCUCAGUGAGGAGGGGUCCCCACGCCCUGGGGGCCUGAGCUGCUAACUCAACUCUCGUCCUGCUUCUCCCUCAGAGUCGGCAGAGGAGAGCGUGCAGGAGAAAGCCCAGCGCUGACUGGGCAGGGACUCCAAGCGCUCAGCGUCGACGUGUACCAUGUCCAAAAGGAAGGAGAAGACCUCCCACUCGGAGGAGCAAGUAUGCAUGCUGUGUCGCCGAGCAGACGUUCACCCGGACAUCUGCGGGCCCACCCUCAGCGAGAGCGGGCUUUGCGUCCACAAGUUUUGCUUGUUUUUUGCCAACGGCCUGUAUGAACACACUGCCCUCCAGAGGGCAGUUCUCAAGUUCCCCCUUGAUGCCAUCAGAUGCACAAUCGAGGAGGCAGAGCAGAAGCACUGCUUCGUUUGUGGAGAGAAGGGGGCCUCCAUCUGCUGCGCAGAGACAGGCUGUGAGCGUAGCUUUCAUCUGCCCUGUGCCACGGAUGGCGAAUGCGUCACGCACUUCUUUGGGAGGCACAGGUCCUUCUGCUGUGAGCACCGCCCUCAGCAGAUAGUGGAGGCAGAUCCAGAGCCUGACACAGCCUGCAUCAUCUGCCUGGAGCCCGUGGGGGACAAAAAGUCCUACCACACCAUGGUGUGCCCAGUGUGCAUACAGGCCUGGUUCCACCGGAGCUGCAUCCAGGGACAGGCCAUGAGCGCUGGCAUUCUGCGCUUCCAAUGUCCCGUCUGCAGAGACAGGAUGCAGUUCCGGACGCAAAUGCACAUCCUCGGGAUCCAAAUCCCAGCCAGAAGACCAACAUGGGAGGACAAGGAGUCCUAUGAAAAGCUGUAUGAGAUGCACGGGCUCUGUGAUGUCAGCGAGUGCCUGUACACAGAAGGCAGGGAGCAAGCAGAGGAAGAGGGGCCCUGGGAGCUGCUCGUUUGCACCUCUUGUGCUGUGCAAGGCACCCACCGGCACUGCUCCUCCUUGAGCGAGAGCAUAACAAGCUGGGAGUGUGACAUCUGUGCUGGCGUGGGCACAGGUAAGAGGCAAACAGCCGUGUACUGCUGGCUUGGGGCCAGGCAAGGCCUGGCAGCGGGUCCUCAGAGCGGCUUUGCCAGAGUUCCUCUGCCCCUGGACGGAUGGGAACCUCGCCCACCAUGGGGCUGCCGGGUCAUCCGGCUGACCUUCCUGCCUCUCCUUACAGCCUCCAGUGACGAGCCGCAGCUUGCUGGUCCCAGCACUGCCAGCCAGGAGGCAGAGGGGCCAUCUCCUAGCUCCCCAGAACCUGGCAACCACAGAUCCGACUCCACCAGCAAGGCAGCAUCGGAGUCACCCUGUGGUUCUCAGCUGCCUAAGCGCAGCAGCCUGUCCAGCCAGCCCAGGACAGGACAGAGCAAGAGCCGCGGACAUACAUCUAAGCAGCACCAAGGACACCAAGGGAGCAGCCCUACACCAGCUCCAGGUGCUGAGAGCAGCCCCCGCGGAUCCACCAGCAAGCGGGAAGUGGGGUCCUCCAGAAAUUGCCCAGCGGCUGAACGCAGAAGGCAAUCUGGGCAGCAGGGCACAGGCCGGACAAGAAGCCGCUCUCCGCUGAAGGAUCGUGCCUCCAAUUCCCCGAGCCAGCUCAGAAGAAAUCCUGGCAGCAGACGUAGUGCAGCCUCAGCUACUGUGAGCGGCAGACGUACUGCGGCCUCAGCUACUGCCAGCGGCAGACGUACUCCAGCCCCAGGUGCUGAGAGCAGCACGCACACCUCUGGCAGCCGGAGGGCAUCCAGGAAUUCCCCAGGGGCUGGAAGCAUAAGAUGCCACAAAGAGCAAGGCACAAGCCGGAGACAGAGCCAAUCCUCCCUCCAAGGUCCGGCAUCAAAUUCCUCGAGCCAGCCCCGAGGACGCCGUGGCAGCAGGCUUAGUGCUGAGAGCGGCUCCCAGAGCUCUGGCAGACAGGUGACAUCCAGGUCCUCCAGGGAUUCCGCGCUGCCUGAACACAGAAGGCAUUCCCAGAACCAGGAACGAAGCCGUUCCCCGCGGGAUCGUCGGGCUUCCAAUUCCCCAAGACAGUCUGGAGGAAGCCAGAGCCGCAGUCCCAGGCAGCGGCGGCCAUCUCAGGCACGACGCCACUCCCAGAACCAGCCCUGA